AUGGUGAAAAUAUUUCUAAUGUGGAGAUUGGUAAAUUCUACAAAUCAGGGCCGCCUUUACCCCCAGAGAACAAUGUAUUUCAUAAAGGAGAAUAGUCAAGUCCUCAUUCAAAGGAUGGGAAUGACUGUUGUAAAGCAAACUGUGGAUGAGCUAUUUGUGUGGAAUGUUCUGAAUCACAAAGAAGUAAACAUCAUUUACUAUGAGAAGGUCAAGCAGGAGGCUGAGAGAGGGAUCAUUCCCCUGACUUUGAAGAAGGGUUCCGAAUCCUAUAAUCUCUUUCUCAAAUCCCUUGAAAAGUGGAACUAUCCUCUGUUUCAGGAUUUGAAUGGACAAAGUCUUUUUCAGCAGAUAUCGAAAGAAGACCUAGAUGAUUUGUCUCAGGAUCUAAAGGAUUUAUACCAUAUCCCAUCUUUUCUAAACUUCUCUCCCCUGAGUGAAGAUAUUGAUAUUAUUUUUAAUUUGAAAAGCACCUUCACAGAACAUGUUCUAUGAAGGAAGGACCAUCACCAUCAUCGAUUGGAGCAGCUGACCCUGAAUGGUCCGCUAGACACUCUUGAGAGCCCCUGCAUCAUCAAAGGGGAACCAGGCAAAGGGAAGUCCGCUCUGCUACAGCAAAUUGCCAUGCUCUGGGCCUCGGGAGAGUGUGGGGCUCUGACCAAGUUCAAAUUAGUAUUCUUUCUCCGUCUGAGCAAGGCCCAGGGUGGGCUCUUUGCCACUGUGUGUGAUCAACUCGUGCAUAUACCUGACAUGACCAGGAAGCAGACUUUCAUGGCCGUGCUGCUGAAGCUAUGGCAAGUUCUUUUUCUUCUUGAUGGCUACAAUGAAUUCAGGGCCCAGAACUGCCCAGAGAUCGAGGCCCUCACAAAGGAAAACUACUGUCUCAAGAAUAUGGAGGUUGUCACCACCACCACUGAGUGCCUGAGGCACAUCAGGCCGUUUGGUGCCCUGACUGCGGAGGUGGGGGAUAUGACAGAGGAUAGUGCCAAGACUCUCAUCUGGAAAGUGCUGAUGAAGGAGCAUGCUGAAGGCUUGUUGCUCCAAAUUCAGAAAUCCAGGUGAUUGAGGAAUCUGAUGAAGAUCCCUCUCUUUGUGGUCAUCACUUGUGUCAUCCAGAUGGGGGAAAGUGAGUUCUACUCUAACACACAAACAACACGGUUCUGUACCUUCUGUGAUCUGCUGAUACAGAAAAACAAGCACAAACUUAGAGGAGUGGCUGCAGGUGACUUCACUCAGAGCCUGGACCACUGUGGAGACCUAGCUCUGGGGGGCGUGUCCUCCCACAGGUUUGAUAUCCAAAUGGAAGACAUGUCCUGUGUGAAUGAGGAUACCCUACUGACAGCUGGACUCCUCUGUAAAUACACAGCUCAACAGUUCCAGCCAAAGUAUAAAUUCUUUCAGAACUCAUCCCAGGAGUACAUAGCAGGAUGCAAGCUCAGUAAUUUACUGAAGUCUCAAGAGCCAGAGGAGGUGACUAAGGAGGGUCACUUGAAGAAAAUGAUUUUCGUUUCAGACAUUACAUCCAAGUAUAGCAACCUGCUCCUGCACGUGGGUGGAUCAGCUAUGGAAGCCACCAGGACUGUUUGGAAACACCUUGCAGGAGUGUAUCAACAUGGCAGCCUCCUCGGGCUCUCCAACACCAAGAAGCAUCUCUGGAGGCAAGAAUCUAUGCAAAAUGUGAAAAACACCACUGUGCAAGAAACUCUGAAAGCCAUAAACAAUUCCUUUACAGAGUGUGGCGUUCAUUUACUCCAUGAGAGUAUAUCUGAGGCAGACCUGACUGAAGAAUUUGAAGCUUUCUUUUGUGGUAAAAGAACGCCUGAUUACCUAUUUGACUUCUUUGAACACUUGCCUAAUUGUGCCAGUGCUCUGGACUUCAUUAAACUCGACUUCUACGGAGAAGCUACAGCCUCAGGGGACAAGACCAUAGAAGACACGAACAGGCGUUGAGAAGAGUCCUCAGAAACCUACAUUCCCAGCAGGGCCCUGUCUUUGUUCUUCAACUGGAAGCAGGAAUUCAAGACUCUGGAGGUCAUACUCCGGGACUUCAGCAAGUUGAAUAAGCAAGAUAACAGAUAUCUGGGAAAGAUACUCAGCUCUGCUACAAGCCUCAGAUUGUGCAUGAAGAGGUGUGCUGGCGUGGCCGGAAGCUUUAGUUCCAUCCUCAGCACCCAUGAGAACAUUCAUUCCCUCACCAUGGAAGCCAGUGCCCUCACCAUAGAAGAUGAGCAGCACAUCACACCCAUGACAAACCUGAAAAACUUGAGUAUUCAAGACCUCCAGACUUCACGGCUGCCGGGAAUCCCUUCCAUAAGAUUUUGCACAGUCACCACGACUUCAUUAGACUACCUUCUGUGUCAGGAAGCUCGCCGUUUCCUCUUGACGGCUAUUCCUUUGAUCUUGCAAACUGGUCACCUAUGUGCUGAGUUUGGCCUACAUAUUGUGACCUUUGUAUGGUCCAGGAGAUGGGAGAGGGAGUUGAAAGAAGAACAACUCUCUUUGGCUUUUUAUAACUUGUCUAUGACCCACUUGUCUGACAUUGGGAAGGGAUUGAAUUACAUAGUAAAGUCUCUGUCAGCUGAACCCUGUGACCUUGAAGAAUUAGUCUCCUGCUGCCUGUCAGCAAACGCCGUGUAUUUUUUUUAAAAGAACCCUCUAAAAAACUUUCAGCAGUUGGAUUUGGUGGGAAAUUGUAUGAGCAGUGACUGUUGGCUUGCCUUCAUGAAUGUAUUUCAGAAUCUUAAGCGAUUAGGUUUUUUUUACUUCAGUGCUACGAGAUUUUUGCCUGAUGCAGCAUUUGUCAGGAAAAUUAGCCACGUGUUAUUAAAGUUAACUUUUGCGCAAGAAGCUAGGCUUGUUGGGUGGCUUGAUGAUGAUGAUAUUAGUGUUAUUAAAGGUGAUUUUAAACUAGUAACUUAAAUAAAGGCCACCCUGAGCCCAUGAAUGCUCUGGGGACCCCAUUACUUUCAGCGUGGCUACUUAAUAAUCUUUGCUCAUCCAGUGCAAGAGUCUGAAAGUAUGUGGCAAUCCAUUAUAUAACCUAAAAAUGAUCCUUUCUCAACAGUGUCUGCCUAACUUGCCCUUUCCAAACUUUCUCUUCCUUUCCUGAUAUCUGGAUGAUGUGUGACACCAUGACCUCUAGCUGGUCUCUUCCAUGGAAAUAUACUUCCUUAGUUUCAUCAUUCAGAAAAAAAAUGAGACCAAAGAAGAGGAGGAAGUGAGAGGGAGUUUCAUCUGAUAACAUGUGCAGUAGUUCUGUCUUGUCCUAAGGAUGACUACCUGGUACCUGAAGGGAUCCUUUGUUUAUCCUUCUGUUCCCUUUGGUCUCAAGAACAGCUCACAAAAACUGAUACACUGUGUGCACAUUUACUUAGUACAGUGCCUGGCAUGUACUGGAUGCUCAACAAGUAUGUGCUGAAUUAAAUGAAAUGACCAAUAAAUAGCUAUUGAAUAAGGAAACAAGCCAAAAUUAUUUAAGAUCAGAGAGAAAACUCCAUGUAUGUUCUUUAUUCAAACAGUGUGGUUCAAACAAUUUGGAAUGUAAAAAGCAUUUCCUUAUAUAAGAAGCAGAUAGACUCCCAAAAGAUCAGCAUACUUUUGUCAAGCAAAAAAUUGGCAGUUUACGAGCAGCUAAAUCAGAGGCUUGAAAUUCAGGACCUCUCCAUUUGCUGAUACAUGUAUGUAAUUCUAACUGCAUCUUCAGAGAUUAAGGAAAAAAGAAAAAUGUAGCCCAUUCUUUUGUACCCUACGAAUCUAAGGGUACCCUGUCCUAAACUUUUCUCCAGCACCCCCCAAAAUAAUCCUUCCCCACAAAGAAAGAAGUCUAAGAAAAAUCUGUUUGAUCUUAACAGAUUUAAGUCAAGGCAAGUCUGAAAUAAACAAGAACCUAAAUGGUGUUAGCCUGCAGUUCACCUUCUAUUCUCAUGGCACCUCAAAUUAAUGGCUUGGGUGUUGGUAUAGGUAACACUUGGCCUGUAUGCUGAGGUAGUCACUGGAAGGACAUUCUGGGCACAAUAUUGUUUAGCAAGUGGGUAUAAUCUGUAGAUUUUGUCACAAAAUUUUAGAGCUGAUAGUUUACAGAUCAACUAAUUCAUUCCCCACCCUAACUUAGGAGAUGAUAAAGCUUAGAGAAGUUAAAUGACUUGCCCAUGGUAACCAAACUACUUACAUAGUGGCAGCAUCAGGCUCAUAAUCCAAAUCUCUCGACUUCUAGCCCAGCGUUUUUUCUGUUACAGUAUGUUACAGUAUGGUAUUUUCUCAGACAGGGUUAAUUACACUCCAUGGAACUUGCUCUUAACCACAAGCCAUGGGCCAAGCAGUCAAUUCAAACUUCUUUCUUUGUUUAGCUUGACGUGACACUGGCAAGAUUUACUAGUAAGAAUACUGCCUCUAGGCCUUGCUGGCCAAGUUUCUUGUUUUUAUAUCCAGAUGCUGGCCAGAGCUUGGCAAAUAAGACAUCGUUAUAUGAUAAUGCAUGGACCAAUGUCACCUGCAGCAGUUGGCAUCGGUGAAUUUCAGCAAGUAGAGCCAAUUCCUUUAGAACCCACAGGAAAUUUCUUAAAUAGUGUAGGUGGGUAUCAAAGCACCUUUGUUGGGACAACUACACAAGUGUUGCCUCUGAAGAGGUGUUGACGAAAUAGGUAUUUAACAUCAUGCAGAAUUGUGUUCAGUACCUGCACACUUUAAAAAUCUCAUGAGAAUGGAAAAGACAUGCAAAGGGUGGCAGCGCAGACCUCUUAAUCAUCACUCAGUACAUGGCAGUUCUUCAGAUUUCAUGGGCAGUCGACCCACUUGGAUGAGGUCAACAGAGGAAAAAUCACCCUGUAAUAGUAGACCAAUAAUAGGUAUACUAAUAGUUGGAGGACGUAAGACAAAGGACAAGGAAUUGGUUGCCUUAGUACAUUUUAUGAAGUUUCAUUUUCCCCAGCAGUCAAGGUAGUGUGCGCUCUAUUUCUUCAGCAGGUCAAAUGCCUGAACAGGGUUGCAGAUGUUAAAGACAAUGACCAACUCCUCACCAUGCAAAAGCUGGGACAUGGUCACUUAUUACAGGAUGAUGAUAGUUCUGCUUGACAGAGAUGGCUUCUUGGAUGUUUGUGAUUCCAUUGUGACAUCUGAUUUGGAAGUGUUGCUCAUAUUUUAAAAAGGAUGAGUUGACUGAAGAAACUUGCAAAUUCUUCAAAAACAAAAAUCUUUUCUACAUAGCUGGCUGAUGGCUGGAAAACUCCUAAAUCUCCAAGAGUACUAGAUUCCAGAAAGGUUGAAUCC